AUGGCUUCUAUCAUGGCCGUGCCAUCGCUUUCUAGCGACUCUCCUUCCUCAUCAUCUACAUCGUCAGUGGAUACGAGAAUCGCGUCCGAACUUGGCCUUGCAGCCCAGAACAUGCUCGAGGAUGACGGCACCGGUCUCCUCAUCGUCCCCUCCUCCUCCACCCACCACCUUCACCACCAACAACGCCAACUCGCCCAACUCCAACUCCAUCACCAAAACGAUUACCCCUGCCUCUUCCACCUCCUCAACUGCCACAAAACCUUCACCAACGCAGAGCACUGGAAGACGCACGUCCUCAGCCACUUUCGCACCCACGCCCCGCCCAAAACCGCCCGCUGCCCCCUCUGCCCCAAGCCGUUUACCACUUCUUCUAACUCAUCCGCCCGCACAGCCUGGGACGCAAUGCUCGACCACCUCGACGUGGCGCAUUACCAACACGGCCAAACGUUGGCGGGAAGCCGGCCCGAUUUCGAACUCAUGCGCUACCUGUUCCAGAUGCGCAUCAUCAGCGAGGACCAGUUCAAGGUGCUGCAGUUGUCGCCGGCCAGGGGCAGUCCGGGGUAUCAUCGGUCGCAGGACACGGUGAGGGCGAGGGUGGGUUCGUCGGAUGAACCGUUUUGUGCGCCGUAUAGUCGGCGCAGGGAGGAGAGGAGGAGGGGACAGAGGAGGGGGAUUGGGGUUUUGUAG